AUGAUUGUGGACUUCAGGAAGAGCACUGUCCCCCCGCCCCCACCCUCCGUGAUGGACUCCCCCAUCACCUCUGUGGAGUCCUUCCGUUUCCUGGGCACCACCAUCACCCAGGACCUCAAGUGGGAGCCGACCAUCAGCUCCCUCAUCAAGAAGGCCCAGCAGAGGAUGUACUUCCUGCGGCAGCUCAGGAAAGCCAAGCUGCCUGCACAGAUGUUGGUGCAGUUCUACACGGCCAUCAUCGAGUCCAUCCUCACCUCCUCCAUCACCUCCUCCAUCACCUCCUCCAUCACCUCCUCCAUCACCGUGUGGUUCGCUGGAGCCACAGUCAGGGACAAACAGAGACUACAGCGCAUUGUGCGCUCUGCAGAGGAAGUGAUCGGCCGCAGCCUUCCAUCGCUGCAGGACCUGAGAAUGGAGUUCACCAAGCUCCACUGUAGCUCUGUUUUGUACGGAAUGCCUCAGCUGCAGGUGGCUCCACAGAUAACAGGCACACUGAUAGCUCUAUUGGGCAUAGGGGAGGAGAACGGGGUUGAGGGGAGGGUGAGGAGGGGCAGAGGGGGUGAGGGGAGGGUACAGGGGGGGAACACACUGCCCAGCGAGCCUGCCCAGCGAGCCUGCCCAGCGAGCCUGCCCAGCGAGCCUGCCCAGCGAGCCUACCCAGCGAGUACCCAGCGAGCCUGCCCAGCGAGCCUGCCCAGCGAGCCUGCCCAGCGAGCCUACCCAGCGAGCCUGCCCAGCGAGCCUACCCAGCGAGCCUGCCCAGCGAGCCUACCCAGCGAGCCUGCCCAGCGAGCCUGCCCAGCGAGCCUGCCCAGCGAGCCUGCCCAGCGAGCCUGCCCAGCGAGCCUGCCCAGCGAGCCUGCCCAGCGAGCCUGCCCAGCUGCCCAGCGAGCCUACCCAGCGAGCCUGCCCAGCGAGCCUGCCCAGCGAGCCUGCCCAGCGAGCCUGCCCAGCGAGCCUGCCCAGCGAGUCCGCUCUGAGAUCCCACCUUGCGACCCCAACCUGUCAGCCUUCUCUGCAAGCCUGAAUUGUAACUGCUAA